CAUUUCAUUUAUUUUCCAUACGAGAUAGCAACUUAGCCUAGUUCUCUCUCUCUCUUGUUUCUUCCGAAAUCUUCUACCAAGGGUUUCUCUAAUCAUCAUCGGCCGUUCAUAUUAUAACUCUCGAUUGAUACAGCAGUAGAGAAUAACUCAUUUCUAGUUCGAUUUCUAUUUCAAAAGGCGUUCGAUCGAGGCUAGAAAAUCCAACUGAGCAGGUAUUUGACUUGGAAAUGUCGUCACCGGACUUUCAUAUUCCAGAUGAGGUACUGGCAGUGAUUCCUACCGAUCCAUACGAACAACUUGACCUCGCUAGGAAGAUUACGUCAAUGGCAAUUGCAUCUAGGGUAUCAAAUCUCGAAUUGGAGGUUGAGAGGUUGAGGAAGAAGGUAAAUGACAAGGAUCGUUCUAUAUCGGAGCUUGAAGAUAAGGUAGUGCAACUUGAUCGGGCAUGUCAGGAAGCUGAUACGAAAUUCAAGCUUGUUCAAGAUGAUAAUGUGAAGCUCGUGAAAGAGAGGGAUUCGUUGGCAAUGACGGCGAGGAAGCUAGGACGUGAUUUGAUUAAGUUGGAGACUUUUAAGAAGCAUUUGAUGCAGUCCCUCAAUGAUGACAAUUCGUCACCAGCUGAAACUGUUGAUCUUGACACCUCUGUUCAAUCAGCUCCCAGAUCUUAUACAGUCCAGGAUUCAGAUAUGAAUGGUCAGAGGAAGCACAAUUCGUUAUCUGCCUUGAAUGGCCGUGCAGUUGAAAAUGUUUCGAAGCAAUCUAUGCAAAGAAGUUCAACAACAACACACAUUACACCACGCCUUACUCCAACUGGAACUCCGAAAAUGGCAUCUACAAAUGUAUCUCCAGUCAGAUAUUCUGCUGCAGUAUCCCCUCAGUUAACCUCAGGUGCAACAUCUCCCGUUAAAUCUCAACAUGGUUCAAUGUCUUCAUGGUUUCCGUCUAGUCAGCAGUCAUCAGCCGCAAAUUCUCCACCUAGGGGAGGACGCCCAAGAGGAAAGGAGUUCUUUCGCCUAACAAGGAGCCGUCUUUCCUACGAACAAUUCAGUGCAUUUUUGGCAAACAUAAAGGAGUUUAACGCUCAGGAGAAAUCUAAAGAGGAGACUUUAAGGAAAUCUGAGGAGAUAUUUGGAAUAGACAAUAGAGACCUUUAUCUAUCAUUCCAUGGAUUGCUAACUCGCAAUUUCAAAUAAGCUUUUGAAAUGGUUUUUAUGAUGAGGGGUGAUGAUUUAAUAUUCAAGUCUUUUAAGCUUUCUUGUUUGCUUACUAUAUUAAUUUAUAUAUAUUGAUAUUAGCAAGAUGUGUUAUCUUUUAUAUUAUAGAAGGAUGGAUGGUAACAUAAUACACUUCAUUUUUCUGAUUGUCAAAAUUACUAUUAUUAU